AUGCUCACGAAGACAUUGCUCAGAUCUGCGACCACGCAAGCCGUGUCGCGGUUCGGAAUUCGGUGCUACGCGCAGCUUCCGCUGCGCGUGCCCGUCAAAAUGCCCAACGGUAUCGAGUAUGAACAGCCUACGGGUCUGUUCAUCAAUAACAAAUUUGUACGCUCAAAGCAAGGCAAGACGUUCGAGGUGAUCAGCCCGGCAACAGAGGAGGAAAUCACGCACGUGUACGAGGCACGUGAGGACGAUGUCGAAGAGGCGAUCCAGGCGGCAGACGCGGCGUUCAAGAGCGGCGUGUGGUCGCAAGCAGACCCACUGGUGCGUGCCAACGCGCUCAACAAGCUUGCUGGAUACAUCGAGGAGAACAUUGACACUGUGGCGUCCAUCGAGACGCUGGACAACGGUAAGGCUAUCUCCAGCGCGCGCGGUGACGUACAGCUGGUGAUCAACUACCUGCGGUCGUGCGCCGGCUGGUGCGACAAGGUCGACGGCCGCAUGAUUAACACUGGAUCCACGCAUCUGUCCUACACUUUGAGACAACCGCUUGGAGUGUGUGGCCAGAUCAUCCCUUGGAACUUUCCCUUGCUAAUGUGGGCCUGGAAAGUCGGCCCUGCGCUGGCAACCGGUAACACGGUGGUUCUCAAGACCGCCGAGUCCACUCCCUUGUCUGCUUUGUACGUUUGCCAGUUUGUCGCUAAAUCCGGCAUCCCUCCAGGGGUGGUGAACAUUAUCUCCGGGUUUGGUAAGAUUAUUGGCGAAGCAUUGACUACUCAUCCUAAAAUCAAGAAGAUUGCGUUUACUGGAUCUACCGCUACGGGCCGUCAUAUUUACCAAAAUGCUGGCCAAAACUUGAAGAAAGUCACUUUGGAAUUGGGCGGUAAAUCCCCAAAUAUCGUCUUUGCCGAUGCCGACAUGAAGCAAACUGUUCAAAACAUCAUUCUAGGAAUCUACUACAACAGUGGUGAGGUGUGUUGCGCCGGUUCUAGAGUUUAUGUGGAAGAAUCUGCUCACGACCUAUUCUUGGAAGAGUUGAAAACGGCUGCGGAAGGUUUGAAGGUAGGCGAUCCAUUUGACGAAUCAACAUUCCAAGGUGCUCAAACUUCGCAAAUGCAACUCAGCAAAAUUUUGAAGUACGUGGAGAUCGGCAAAGAAGAGGGUGCGACUCUAGUCACUGGUGGUGAAAGACUUGGCAACAAAGGUUUUUUCGUCAAACCAACGGUUUUCGGAGACGUUAAGGAAGAUAUGCGUAUUGUAAAGGAGGAAAUUUUCGGACCCGUGGUUACCGUCAGCAAAUUCAGGUCAAUUGCUGAACUGAUUGAAUUGGCCAACGACUCGGAGUACGGCUUGGCUGCAGGUAUUCACACCACAAAUAUCAACAAAGCUAUUGAAGUUUCUAACAAAGUCAACGCUGGUACUGUUUGGAUCAACACUUUCAACGAUUUCCACCACGCGGUCCCCUUCGGAGGAUUUAACGCGUCUGGUAUCGGUAGAGAAAUGGGUUCGGAAGCGUUGGAAAACUACACUCAAGUUAAGGCUGUCCGUGUGAAGUUAACUUUGGAAGGGAAAUCUUAA